GAUCGCCUGUCGUUUAAUGUUUCAGUUUAUGUUGACAUUUAACGAGUCCCAUUCACGGCGUGCGCGUUUCCUUUCGCUUUCGUUUCUCCCCGGGCUUCUCGACAGGAAAUCGGCUGCGCGUUUAUCAGACGCCCCUGAGCUUCAAGAGAACACAGCGAGGUCUAAAGAGGAAGAGCUGCACCAUGGCGUCCCUCUCAGCCGUCCUCCUGCUCUUGUUCGCGGGUUUGUUCACGGCGAAGGCGGGUGAUGACUGUAGAAGCUACUUCACCACGAGUAACGUCUACAAGCCCGGGUCCGUCUGUGUUUUUCCGGACCACUGCUGUGGAAGCUGUGACUUCAGAUACUGCUGCUCCAGUCCGUUUUCGAAGUUUGAUCAAAACGUCUGCGGCACGAAGAACACUGUAGUCAUCAGCUCAGUGGCCGGGGGGCUCGUGAUCCUCGUCGUUUUGUUCAUCACCUGCUGCUGCUGCCCCUGCUGCUGCAUGUAUCAAAUGUGCAGGAAACCCAGACCCGUGGUAGGAACGCAUGUGACUGCGAUCACGAACACGAGCGUGAUUCAGCAACCGCCCGCGGCGCAGGGGAUCCAGUAUUCACAGUACCAGCCGGUGCCGAAUCAACCUGGAUACGCUCACCCAAUGCAGACGGCGCCAUACCAGGGACAGCCCUAUGCGCCAGGACCCCCUCCACCGUAUCACGUGGCCAUGAGUCCUGGAUAUCCCACUAGUCAGUACGCGUACGACGGAGGCCAGGCCGUGUACCCCACGCAGCCGCCCGCCCAGCCAGCUCCUGUUUACAUGCCUCCAGAGACGUCGAGUCAGCCGGCCUACAACCCUGCCUACGUGCAGCCACCGAAGACCACUUACUGAACCGCGAGAGCCAUUGCUGGAGCCUUUAACAUGGCUGUAAGAACGAGCCUGAUUUCACGUGGACUGCUACAGCCAGUUUUGUUUAGCUUUUGUUACUUUUCAGGCGUCGUUUUUCGCUCUGUGACACACUGGGAAAAUUCAUUUUGGAACUGUAAAUGACACAAAAUCGACUCCGGCCUUUCUACUUUUUAUGUAAGCAAAGAGUGGUAACAAACAACAAUUCAUGUUCAUUAGAUCUUUAACUCUGCUUUGUUUUUUACUCUUCUACUUAAAGAAAGUGUCAACUAUUUUUCCAUUUUGACUUUUGGCCGUUUGUGGGACUCAAAUGCAACAGCUUCUGAACAACAGUGAGUGUUAGAAAAAGUCCCACUGACUUUCUGCCAGUUUACAUGUACAUGCUUUCUUUUAAGCACAGAAUUUUUUGAUAUGUAGCUUGUUUUUUUUUUUAUACGUUAUUGUUAUAAAACUUGUGUCUUAUAUGUUUUAUGCGUAAAAGAUGUGAAAAAUGCACUGGUGCGUUUGCUGCACUUGAAUGUAUAUAGUGCUGCCUACUGGUGAAAAAAAAAAAAUCUCUAGUUUCUGAAUUAUUAAUCGUCUAUUUUUAGUAGAGUACUUUGUCUCUACUAAUCUAUGAAUAGCCUUUAAUAGCCAAAAUCAUAAAUUAUUUGAAUGCAUAAAUACAAACAACUAAUUUUUA